CCUCAGAGCGCGCCGCCAUUUUGUCGGAGUAUAAGAAAACUCCGCCAAGCCACAAAGUUCCUGGUUAGACCUCAAGUUCCUCUUUGUGCAAUGGACGGCCGCCUAGAGACUGACUUGUAUCCUAUGGGAUCGGCUUAUGCAGAAUUAGACGUUGUCCAUGAUAUUGCAGUUGGAACAAAGAGAGGAUCUGACGAACUUUUCUCCUGUGUUCCUAACGGCCCAUAUAUCAUGAGUUCAGCAGCUAAUGGCAAUGACAGCAAGAAGUUCAAAGGUGAUAUCAGGAGUCCUGGUGUACCGUCUCGUGUCAUACAUGUACGCAAGCUCCCCAGUGAUAUCAAUGAAGCUGAGGUCAUUUCUUUAGGCCUUCCUUUUGGAAAAGUCACCAACCUGCUCAUGCUGAAAGGAAAGAAUCAGGCUUUUCUUGAGAUGAAUACAGAGGAGGCAGCCCAGACCAUGGUCAGCUAUUACUCUUCAGUCACACCAGUCAUUAGGAAUCAUCCCAUCUUUAUGCAGUACUCCAACCACAAGGAGCUGAAAACGGACAACUCACCAAACCAAGUGAGAGCACAGGCAGCGCUGCAGGCUGUGAAUGCAGUCCAGACAGGUGGCAUGUCGUUAGGUGGUGUAGAAGCAGGCAGUGGCCCUAGCCCCGUCCUCAGGGUGGUGGUGGAGAACCUCUUCUACCCAGUCACUCUGGAUGUUCUGCACCAGAUCUUUUCCAAGUUUGGCACGGUUUUGAAAGUUAUUACUUUUACAAAGAAUAACCAAUUCCAAGCACUUCUGCAGUUUUCUGAUGGUCUUACUGCUCAGCAUGCAAAGCUGGCUCUGGAUGGACAGAAUAUCUACAAUGCAUGCUGCACUCUGCGCAUCAGUUUUUCCAAACUCACCAGUUUGAAUGUUAAGUACAACAACGACAAGAGUCGGGACUACACUCGUCCUGACCUGCCUUCGGGAGAUGGCCAGCCCGCUCUUGAACACCAUCCGAUGACCGCUGCAUUUGCUACCCCUGGGAUAAUUUCUGCUGGUCCGUUUGCUGGUGCCCAUGCCUUCCCCCCAGCUUUUACCAUUCAGCAGGCUGCAGGCUUGACCAUGCCAGGGGUUCAUGGAGCCUUGGCCUCUUUGGCCAUUCCUGGUGCAGCAGCAGCCGCUGCAGCAGGCAGACUGGGUUUCCCUUCUCUUCCUUCAGGCCACUGUGUCAUGCUGGUCAGCAACCUGAAUCCUGAGAGAGUUACGCCCCAAUGCCUCUUUAUUCUUUUCGGUGUAUAUGGUGAUGUGAUCAGAGUAAAGAUUAUGUUCAACAAAAAGGAGAAUGCCCUUAUCCAGAUGUCUGAUGGCACUCAGGCUCAGCUAGCUAUGAGCCAUUUGAAUGGACAGAAGCUGUAUGGACGGGCGCUGCGCAUCACUUUAUCCAAGCACACAAAUGUUCAGCUGCCACGUGAGGGACACGAGGAUCAGGGCCUCACUAAGGAUUACAGUAACUCUCCUCUCCACCGUUUUAAGAAGCCUGGCUCCAAAAACUACUCAAACAUCUUCCCACCCUCCUCAACACUGCACCUCUCCAAUAUCCCCCCAUCUGUUGUUGAGGAGGAUCUAAAGAUGCUUUUUGCUAGCUCUGGUGCUGUGGUCAAGAACUUCAAGUUUUUUCAGAAAGAUCGCAAGAUGGCUCUGAUUCAAAUGGGCUCUGUGGAAGAAGCGAUCGAGUCCCUUAUCGAGUUCCACAAUCAUGAUCUUGGUGAAAACCACCAUCUUCGAGUGUCCUUCUCCAAGUCAACUAUUUGAAAGUUGAGAUGACCUCUCCGAAGCCUCAACUGCAAAACUUUCAUCAUUCCACUAUUGUAUUUAUAAGUAAUAUCUAGUGGUUCAUAUGUAACAUUUUUAAAAAAUUUUUUUUUAAUGAUUGUCUAUCUGUAAUCACACCUCUUUGAGCCUUUUUAUAAGUUUCAGAAGGUUUUUUUUUUGCAUUGGUGAACCCUCGCCUUGAAAGUGCUGCUCUGAUUAUUUUUAUUCUUUUCCUUUUUUUCUCACCCCCUCUUCCAGAAGUACUUCUUGUGCCUUACAUUGUCUUGCAGUUAAGCGCUUUUUGAUACCACAUAAAAAAAAUUGUCUGAUCUGACAACACCGUAAAGAAUUUAGUUUACAAUCCGCGCGUAUACUUGUGUAGCUGAAUUGAAAGUUUAAUGUUGGUUGUUUCAAACAACUGCAGGGCUUUUUGAUAAAUCAUUGCCUUAAGGCCAGUUCCUUUUGCUUUCGACAUUCCCAGUAGCUUUGAGUCUUAUCACAUACUGUAAUGAUAGACAUAGACUGUUUACAUUCCUUUUUAUUUAAUGCAAUAAUUUGUGUACAAAUCAUAAGUGUUUGUUUUUGAUGCUGUUGGCCAUCGCAUGUUGGCCUUUGGUCAGUGGCUCUCAUUUCUUUACCUAUUCAGUUUGUUCUGUACUCUUCAUAGACCUUAAGUAUUGCCUUAAUGUAUCACAAGGCAUUUUAUUGUAACUUCUAUUGUAAUGCCUGAUAUAUUUGGUGUAUUCCAGAACCUUUUUAUAUGUACACUACAGCUUAAAACCAAAGCCUCUAUUCAGCUUUCAGUCAUGAAAUUAAUGUAAACACCACUCCACCCCAAUUAGAAUCAGCCAGAUAGAAGUGUGUGGUUUGUGUUUAUAAAAUCUAUAUAUAUAUAUUGGGACUUGGUUUUUCUUUUAGGGUAUGUUACUUUUACCAACCAGUAGCUGUGGCUUUUUUGUUUGUUUGUUUACCUACCAUAUAAUUCCUUCCUUUCUAAGCCGCUGCCCCCCUUUCUCUUCUAUAUUCUUAGUCCCAUGCCUUUGUUAGUUAUGGUCUUUCCUUUAUUUUAAAUAGAUCUUUAAAUCCUGGCCACAUAUAGCUUGGAGUGUUAUUUUUUUUGUUUUGAUUUGUUUAAAGUAUAUGUAUGAAAUGGAAAAAUAUCCUUUGUACUUUCCUAAGCAUGUUAGGAUUUUGUCUGUGUGUGUGGACCCAAUGUCACUACUUUCCAGAAAAGAAGUGUUUUUACUUUUAGCAUUCCACAACACGGAUUAAAAAAAAAGUUUUUAGUGAAGGUAACGUGACCAUCUGCCAUGUUUUGGAAGAGCAUAUAAUCAAGUCUCUCGAAAAAGGCAGGUCGUAUGCAUCUGCACAGCGUUUGCCUUUAACGUUUUUUUUUAAUGAUUUACUUUUUCCUACAGUGAAUAGGUGAGGUGUAAAUACUAUUUUUAUACCACAAUGUUAACAAGCAAUAGGUUUUUAUAUCUGAAAUCGAAUGUAUAUUUUGACUACAGAAACGGACCAUGCAAAAAAAAUUGGAUUUAUUGAAGAAAAGAAAAAAGUUGAUUACAAUCUUUCAGUCUUAUACAAUGUUUCUUUAGCAGUCCUUCAAAUGGAGGUUGUACUUUCUAUUUAUCUUUAUUAAACAUUUGUUUACUGGAA